UCGAACUGUCGAAGUGUUAACACUUUUCCAAUCUACAAAAAAGGGAUCGUAGAAUACACGACGUUCUGCUUCAUCAGCUCCACAGAUUCAUGGCACCCUUUCGUCAACAGGACCGUUGUAAGCAACAACGGCGCCACGAUCAAAGUGUCUACGUACAGCAGUUGUUUAAGGAUUUUCUUACUCGAAACAAUGGACCUCGUCCCGCAACAGUUGCUCCCAGUAAUAAGCAGAGCGGUUUCUGUAAUCCGGAAAUACGGCCGCGUAAGCAACCUGGCAUUUUCGGUCGUGCCGUUUAUGCACGUUUCGAGCGAGACGGAAACGGCGGGGACACAUAUCUACGCCGCGAAGCAAAUGUUAGCAUCAAAACGGGUCUAAUGAAAUGGAUCGAUCAACAGCGGCACCAUCAGGAGCAACAACAUCCGAAAAAAAGUUUACGAAAAACAGUGCGCUUCGACGAUUAUCUCAACUUGCCUGGUAAUUUUUUCUCCGGAGCUGACCAGAUAACGCUCCCCUCGGAAGUGUGCGAUAAAACGGUAAAUGUGUCAACCAACUUCAUGCCACGUUCUACUUCCACACCGUUCGAUCGGAUGAAUUCGUUCGGUGUUUCCGGCAUGCUGUCUGAUCCAGACGAAUUUCAAUCGACACAAGCACACUGUAAACUGCCACAAUCUGUGCCUGGUGAGUGGGAACAACUUCUAAGCGGCGUCAAAAUAGUUUUGACCGCCAUACCAAAGGAGCAAAAUUUUCUACAACGUUGCGCUCAAGAAUUGAAAGCUGUUCCAAUCGAUCAACACAGUAUGCAUAAUUCGAAUGAAACGGUCUGUCGUCCUACAGAAGUAGUUAGUCGUUCGACAAGCCAAAAAACUAAACUUGGUGAUUUUAUUCCGCCAAAGGCAAAAAGUCAAUCACAAGCCAGCAACCGAAAUUUACACUCGCAACAUAAGCAAGCAUUUUGCGAAAAAGCAGCCCAUGGAAAUGUAAUUUAUUGUCCUCCUCGAAAUGAUACCUUCAUUAUCGAGGACGGUUCACCUAGAGCAGACGUGAUGCCAAUGGUUUCGUUUCUAGAAUCACCUUUCCGUCGAACACAGCCUUGUGCAUCACCGGAGCAGGAUCUGUUGCUGACUGCAUCUCCGCCUUCCCCGUCGGCGUCUGUUGAACACCGGAGAAGUUUGUUAAUAGAACGGUCGUUUGUCUUCGAUCAAACUCGAGCGGAUGAUACACUGAUGGAGAAGCUGGAUGCAUUGCUUGAAGGCGAAGAAAACCCAACGAAGGAUAUCUGUUUACUAAAUUUCGAUUGCGAUCUAGUUUCGCAGCAAGAUGAAAAAGCGUCAAUUGAAACUUCUUUUCCAAAUCACGUGCCGGCAUCGCAACGCAACGAAUUGAAUCAAUCACUGAAUUUACCGGAAACUUCGUUACGCUUAUCACCAGAUCUAACGAUUGAAACCUUUUCGGAAUUCAAUGAGAUACUGUUUUGAGCAGUAUUUAUUACCAAACGUUCGAGGACACAUGUUUCAGCUACCGCAUUGGGGGUUUAGAUUUUCAGAUUAUUCAAUUCCUCUAUGACAUCCAUGUGCUUGAAUUGGUCCGGGUGUUUAGUAAACUUUUCCAACAACUGUAAUUUCGUUUGAUUUUGCUGACUAUAGUAGAGCUGCAUCUGAUUAACCAAACACUGCGCUUCUUGCGCGUUGAUCACCUUCGUGUCGUAUUCUCCUCGCAUCAACACUACGCCUUUGUCGACAUACUCGGUAUACAAAGUAAUGUUCAAGCAUUCUGGCGCAUCUUCUUU